UUUGGUUUCAGGAUGAAGUCUGUUCUGUUUCUGCUGCUGUUCUUCUCUGUCAGUUGGGGACAGUUGGAGGCUUCUGUCUCCCAGGAGGAGGACCUGAGGACGGUGGAGGACGACGACGACGUCCCCCCGGAGCUCCCCGUCCUCUGGGACGAGCUGCGGGGCCUGAAGGACCUGGUCCUCAGCGUAAAGGCCGCGGAGGUGGAGCAGCGUCAGGCCAUCAGGAGCCUGGAGACCCGGCUGAGGGACGGAGAGCUGGAGGACUGGACGCAGAGACGCAGCCUGGACGGUCUGGAGGAGACAGUGGAGCAGCAGAAGGAGGAGCUGAGGAGAACCAUGGAGAUGAACUCAGACCUGAGGAGGAAGCUGGAGGAGCAAAGCAAAGUUCGAGCCGUCAAGUUUUCAUCUGAAGUGUUGACGCUUCACUUCAGACUGAAUGCCAGCGAGCGUUCAAUGGACGACCUUAAGAAGAAGAACUCAGCUCUAGCAGCUGAGCUUCCGUUCCUGCAGACCAGACUGAGGGCGAGUGAAAACACAGUGGAACAGCUGAGGAGGAAAAGCACAGUUCUUUCAGUCAGGUUGUGUAACGCUGAAAGUCUGAUGGAGGAGCUGAUGAGACAGCCCUCAGCAUUCCCGACUUCAAACAGUUCGUCUCAGACUGAAACUGAGCUGGAGGAGAUGAACUCAAAUACUCAAGUUCAGGAUGACGCGGUGAAGCAGCUGCAGGUAAGAUUGAACUCUGCAGAGACUCAGAUUCAGCAGCUGCAGACAGACCAAUCAGAUCAAACCUCCAAACCGAUGAAGCUACAGAGAAAGGUGAACACAACCGAGAGUCUCCUGGACACAAUGAACACAGCUCUGGAGGUAAGACUGAGUGUCAGUGAGAAACAUCUGGAAGAUCUUAAGACAGAAAACACAGAGUUGGAGGUCAGACUGAGAGUCAGUGAGAAACAUCUGGAAGAACUGAAGACAGAAAACACAGUUCAGUCUGUUCAACUUUCCUUGAUGGAGUCCAGACUGACAGAUAGCCACAACAAAACUACAGAGUUGGAGGUCAGACUGAGGGUCAGUGACAAACAGCUUGAAGAUGUGAAGACAGAAAACACAGUUUUGAGCUUCAGACUGAAUGAAACUGAUAAUCGUCUCACAAACACAAACUCAGGUGACCUGAAGGUUGCAUUCUCAGCCGGUCUGACUGAUUCAGGAUCAGUCGGACCAUUUGACGAGGAGACGACUCUGAUCUUCUCCAAAACCAUCACCAACAUCGGCCAAGCCUACAACCAGACUGAAGGCGUGUUCACGGCUCCCGUCAGAGGACUUUACUUCUUCAGCUUCACGGCUGCAGACUACCUGAAGGGUUACAUGGGUCUCCACCUGUACAGGAACAACCAGCCAGUUGUCUUCAGCCUGGUCCUGAACGACCACGGCGGCUACGCUUCCAUGUCGGGCGGCGUAGCCCUGCAGCUGGAGGAGGGCGACGGGGUCCGCCUCAGUCUGCCGGCCAGCUACCGGCUCUACGACGACUCGAGAAACUUCAGCGUCUUCUCCGGCUUCCUGCUGUUCCCCCUCUGACCCCCGGAUCAGGGUCUCGGCAACAAACCAUCCCUUCAGGUAUCAAGCUGUAACUGGACUUUUAUUUUGGUCGAGACUUCCUGUGGUUACCAACAGGAUGGACCUGAAGACGAUGUCAUGGGAAUAUAAUGAUUUUAAAUAAAUAAAAAAAUAACCUUCAUAAAAACAAACAUCUGAAGUCUCAAACUUUUUGAGACUACCCUAACCCUAACCCUAAUCCUAACCCUACAUUUUGACAAAAACUUUUCAAACUUUGACCUGUUUGUUAAAGUGUUCCUUUAAUAACAGUUAUAAAAAGAGGAACUUCAGUGUGUAUCCUCUGGAGACAACGAGUCUGUUCAGUGUAACAUCAGCAGAAUAAACACAAACUAAAAAUCUGAUUCAAGUGAACUCAGGAAGAACCAUUUACAUCAAAUAAAGGAACAACAAAGUUUGUUCAAAGUGUCUCGUAUUGCAGUUUGUUCCUUUAGUAAGUCUCUACAGUCUAACAUCAACGUUUCAUAACAAUAACUCUUCAGAAAUCUAAAAUAAAAACUUCCACGACUCCGUCGCUGAAACUUCUUUCAAAAAAACGACUCGAAAGAAAUUUCAAGUCAUUCAGUUUCGAAAACAAAUUCAGUUUCUUAAAAAAAAAAAAAAGUUUUGUAGGAUCGACUCGUCUGUCCUUUAAGACCAGAGAGAUUCUUGCAUAAUAAUAAAAGAAAGUAACAAGUUCAGAAUAAAUCAAAAUGGCUUCAGAUCCUUCAUCUGUGAAGACGAGGAGGAAGAAAAGACAGAGGAAGGAAGGAAAGAA